AUGGAAACAAACCGAAAUGAUAUUAAAUGUUUCUUUCCUUUACUUUUUGUAGGAACGCCGGAACGAAUUCACGAACCGGACUUUGGGUGGAAGAUCACCUUAACAUCCACUUCUGCCAAAUUGGAACUAAAAUGGUUAAGAAGUUCAAAAAGAAAGUGCUUGGCAAAGGUUAAAGGAAUGAAAGGAAAAGGGGAAGGUGAAAAAUGUAAAGGAAAAGAGAAAACGAAAGAGAAGACGAAAGGGAAGGGUAAGAACGAAAGGGAAAGGGAAAAUGAAAGGAAAUAUUUCGAAGGUUCAGCGGCUAUUGGACAGACCGGAAUUCAAUAUUUUGAAGGUUCAGCAGCUCAUUGGACGUAUGGAAUUCAACAUUUCGAAGGUUCAGCGGCUUAUUGGACAUGCAUAUGGAAUUCAACAUUUCGAAGGUUUUCUAUUUUGGCACUGGUGCAGAUUAUCCAUAGAUUAUCGGAUAUCUGA